CUGAUGAUAUGAUCGAAUGGGGUUGUAGCCGCUCCUUUUUUGGCAAUACUUUGACAGUUUAAUGAAAUUGUUUAUAAUUUAAAACUCCAGUAAUGUGAAUUAGUGAAGUUAGAAUACCAAAUAAAGUCAAUGACUAGUUUAAUGGAAAAAGAAAAAUAUGUACCACUUUGUAAUUUUAUUGGUAGUUUUUAGUAUAAGCAAUGGAGAAAUACAAAGUUAUUGUGGGAUUUACGGGGGCAAGAUAUGUGAAAAUUACGUGGGACAUUCAAAGAUGGUGUGGUUUAAUAAUUCGGGAGGUUUUGAAAACGAAGAGAUAACUAAGGCGCUUUGGAAAGAAGUUAUUGAGACUUUUAAUGAACCUUGUCGACAUGCAGCUGAAAAAUUGUUAUGUUUUUAUGCGUUUCCUGACUGCUACUUAGGCAAUCCUCUUCCACUAUGCCAUGAAGAUUGCAUAGCAGUGAAACAACUUUUUUGCUACAAGGAAUGGGCACAUAUUGAAGACAAGAAAUCCAAUGGGGUUGUUUUCAAAUCUAGGGGCCACUUUAGACUACCAGUAUGUGAAAAGUUACCCAAAUAUCAAAUGUUAAAUAAUACUGCGACAUGUUCAUAUGCCGGCCUUGUGGAACUAAAAGAAGACGAAUUAACAUAUGACUGUAUUAAAGGACGUGGUCGUUUUUAUCAAGGCAAAGUGAACGUGACCAAAGACGGUCUAGCUUGCCAAAGAUGGGACUCCCAGAAGCCCCAUUCGCACAAUUCUCCUCCUGACAUUUUCCCCGAAUUGAGAAAUUCUGAAAAUUAUUGCCGCAAUGCCGGCGGCGAAGAAAAAAAGCCCUGGUGUUUCACAACAAACUCGUCAGUAAGGUGGCAACACUGCGACAUCCCCAGGUGUCUCAAUUCCACUUCUGAGGAAUCAGAAGAUGCAGCUAUCGCAAUGGACACUUUUCUCUCCCCUUCAUUCCUUAUUAUUUAUUCUGUAAUCGGCCUUCUAGGUGUAAUAAUCUUAACUCUCUUAAUUCUACUCUGCCAUCGAAUUCACAAACAUCGAUUGGGGUACAACCCCACGGAUACCGCCGAGGUUAACAUCGACCUAGACAAGUUACCAAGCAACAUGGCCUACCACCGACAUGGGGUAACCCUCAACCCGAAGUUAGAAAAACUUGAAUUUCCACGCAAUGACAUUAUUUACAUCAAGGAUUUGGGGCAGGGGGCUUUUGGACGAGUUUUCCAAGCCAAAGCCCCGGGUUUAGUCUCGGGGGAAGAGUUCACUUUAGUGGCAGUUAAAAUGUUGAAAGAUGACGCGUCUGAAGACAUGCAGGAUGAUUUUGAGAAAGAAGCGUGUCUUUUGGCCGAAUUUGACCACCCCAAUAUUGUUAAAUUGUUGGGGGUUUGUGCCAUAGGACGCCCCAUGUGUCUCUUAUUCGAGUAUAUGGGCAAAGGGGACCUUAACGAAUUUUUACGGCAGUGUUCUCCCAGUAACUACGUCGUACGCAGCGUCGUAGAUGGCGAAUAUGGGAGCAGAGACGUGUUCAAAGACAACCAAUUGAGUCACUUGGAACUGCUCGAAGUAGCUCUACAGAUCGCUUCCGGAAUGGUCUACUUGUCCGACCGCAAAUUCGUACACCGGGAUUUGGCAACGCGGAAUUGUCUGAUAAACGAAAACAUGGUUGUAAAAAUUGCCGAUUUUGGACUUUCACAAAAAAUAUAUCUCCAGGAUUAUUACAAAGGGAGCGAAAGGGACGCAAUUCCGGUCCGGUGGAUGCCUUUGGAAAGCAUUCUCUACAAUAAAUACACGCCGGAGUCGGACGUUUGGGCUUUUGGUGUGUGUCUUUGGGAGAUUUUCUCGUUUGCGUUGCAACCAUAUUUCGGGAUGACGCACGAAGAAGUCGUUAGGUUUUUAAAAGCCGGGAAUGUUUUGGCAAGUCCGGAAAACACACCGGCAGCUAUUUACCAAGUCAUGAAGGAUUGCUGGGCACAAAAACCGGUCGAUCGGCCUAAUUUUCGCACUAUACAUCAGACGCUCACUAAUAUACAAAGCAACAUGCUCGCAAUGCCCUUGCAAUCGACGUAGUUCUUACAAUUGUCACUUUAUGUUUUGUUUAGGAAAAUUGUGAUAUGUAUAGUUUGGAGACUUGUGUUACUGCACUACUAGGUUAUUUUGUUUCUAAUAAAACCCAUUAUGCAUAAGACUGAUUUUGUAUCCGUUUAGUUUUUACAAGCGUCAGGGAAAGAUAAGAUUGUUUAAACGAAUUUUUUGCGUAGGGGUUACAUGUGUAUAAGUGUUGUGUGUUUUUACCAUUCCUAUUUAAGAGUGCUUGGUAAUAUAUUUAUACCUAACGAAGAAAAACAUAUGUUUAAUAUAAAAUGUUUUUUAAAUUUAAUACCUGUGACAAAUAAAAUUAU